AUGGCAAGUAAGUCAUUUCAAAACGAAAAUACUGAUUUAUUUAUCAGUGAAGAACAAAUAAAUAGAAACAAAUUAAGUGAAUUAAAUACAGAAGUGAUUAUUAAAAAUGAAAUAUUUGAUGUGAGUGAAAGUGAUUCAAUAGAUUAUAAAGAACCAUUCAAAGGUGGACAAGAAGGAAUUAAAGAAGAAGGAAUACUUGAAGAAACUGAUAUUAAAAUGGAGAAUGAACGAAUUAAACUUGAACAACAAUUAAAUACUGAAUUAAUUAUUAAAGAUGAAAUAUUUGAUGGAAAUGAUUUAGAAUUUCAUAAUAUUGAAAAUGAAGAAACAUCUUUAACAUGUGAAGUGUGUGAUAAAACUUUUAAUAAAAAACACCAUUUAAUUAGCCAUAAACGAAUUCAUACAGGUGAAAAACCAUUUUCAUGUGAAAUGUGUGAUAAAUCAUUUAAUAGAAAAAUCGAUUUAAUUCGACAUGAACGAACUCAUACAGGAGAAAAACCUUUUCCAUGUGAAAUGUGUGAUAAAACAUUUAAUUAUAAAAGCAACUUAGUUCAACAUAAACGAAUUCAUACAGGUGAAAAACUUUUUUCAUGUGACAUGUGUGAUAAAUCAUUUAAUAAAAAAAUCGAUUUAAUUCGGCAUGAACGAAUUCAUACCGGGGAAAAACCUUUUUCAUGUGACAUGUGUGAUAAAACAUUUACGCGGGAUUCUAGUUUAAUUCAACAUAAACGAACUCAUACAGGUGAAAAACCAUUUUCAUGUAACAUGUGUGAUAAAACAUUUACGCGGGAUUCUAGUUUAAUUCAACAUAAACGAAUUCAUACAGGAGAAAAACCUUUUCCAUGUGAAAUGUGUGAUAAAACAUUUAAUUAUAAAAGCAACUUAGUUCAACAUAAACGAAUUCAUACAGGUGAAAAACCUUUUUCAUGUGACAUGUGUGAUAAAUCAUUUAUGCAGAAUUCUUCUUUAAUUGAACAUAAACGAACUCAUACAGGUGAAAAACCAUUUUCAUGUGAAUUGUGUGAUAAAUCUUUUAAUAGAAAAUUCGAUUUAAUUGUACAUGAACGAAUUCAUACAGGUGAAAAACCAUUUUCAUGUAACAUGUGUGAUAAAACAUUUACGCAUAACAGUAAUUUAACUAGCCAUAAACGAAUUCAUACAGGUGAAAAACCAUUUUCAUGUGAAAUGUGUGAUAAAUCAUUUAAUAGAAAAAUCGAUUUAAUUCGACAUGAACGAACUCAUACAGGAGAAAAACCUUUUCCAUGUGAAAUGUGUGAUAAAACAUUUAAUUAUAAAAGCAACUUAGUUCAACAUAAACGAAUUCAUACAGGUGAAAAACCUUUUUCAUGUGACAUGUGUGAUAAAUCAUUUAUGCAGAAUUCUUCUUUAAUUGAACAUAAACGAACUCAUACAGGUGAAAAACCAUUUUCAUGUGAAUUGUGUGAUAAAUCUUUUAAUAGAAAAUUCGAUUUAAUUGUACAUGAACGAAUUCAUACAGGUGAAAAACCAUUUUCAUGUAACAUGUGUGAUAAAACAUUUACGCAUAACAGUAAUUUAACUAGCCAUAAACGAAUUCAUACAGGUGAAAAACCAUUUUCAUGUGAAAUGUGUGAUAAAUCAUUUAAUAGAAAAAUCGAUUUAAUUCGACAUGAACGAACUCAUACAGGAGAAAAACCUUUUCCAUGUGAAAUGUGUGAUAAAACAUUUGCACAGACCAGUCAUUUAAUUCGACAUAAACGAACUCAUACUGGGAAAAAACCAUUUUCCUGUGAACUGUGUGAAUUAAUAAUUCGUCCAAUAAAAGAAUUGUUAAUUAGGAAGUGUGAAGUGUGGAUAGGAUGUGGAUAG